AUACGAUAACGAAACGUCAAAUCCAAACGAGCCACGGAGGAAGAGGGAUGAAUCAUCCGCACAGGAUGAAAAUCCCAGAAAAAGAAAAGAAGAAGAAGAAGUCUUCAGAAAAAAAAUUACAGUAAAACAAUGAACCGGGUUCGUAAACGUUGUGUAUACCGCGAUUGUUUGUCCGAUAGUGUUACCGAUCCCGAUAGGACGCUUUUCCAGUUUCCGAAGGAAGAAGAACGCAUUCAAAAGUGGUGCCAGGCGGGACAAGUUGAUCCUGCGGAAUUGCAAGGAUCGGUCAAAUUUAUGUGCGACAAACAUUUUUCUCAUAUCUACAUUUGCAACAGCGCCCGCCGCAAACUGUUACUGCAUACUGCCGUCCCGUACGACUACAACACUUUUCCCGAUGGAAUAGAUCAACAGGAAGCGGAACAUGAUUCUCAGGUACAAAGCUCUUCGCAGAUUAUUGACGAGUUUACUAUGGAGGAACAUUUGGACAACAGUAUAGCUUUAUCGGAAUCGGAAAAUCAGAAGGUUACUCCUAUAGAAAUCGUCCUGUUAAACUCAAAUGAAGAAGUUAUUCCAUCCAGAGCGCUUCAAAACCCCACAAUUAAAACCAGCUCCAGUCAGAUUUCUAUGGCUACAAAACUCAUCAAAGUGUCGAAAGCAAAUGCUGUUUCAUCCUCAACAUCAUCUGAAUCCAAUUCUAAAGUAACUCCACCCAAGGGUACGGUGCUACGCAAAGUAAAAUUUCAUAAACGACCAUAUUCCAAUGAAAGUGGUUAUAGUAUUCAUAAAAUUCCUAAAAUGGACUCUGUCCCUGGGUUAGGACAAUCGGCAUUACUACCAGGCUCCAAAACAUCGCCACUUAUUAAAAACCAGGUUAUUCAAAGUCAUUCUCUAAAACUCAAAAGAGAAGCACAACCGGAAGAAUCAGUUGAACCUCGUGUACAGACCAAUGAACCAGAAACAGAAACGUUAGAUGAGCGAUCCAAUCAGUCGAGGUCUAAGGAAACAUCGUCUAUAAGUGAAUUCAUUUUCAAAGGGGAAGAAUAUGUCCAGAUGCCAAAAGCGGUUUUUAAUGAUAGUAGAAAGGAGUUGGAACGGCAGGUGGCCGAAUUUAAACAAGAGAACGGAUGGUUAAGGAAAAAAAUGGAAAACUACCGGCGCAUGUUCCUAGAUUUGAAAAACUUUUUAAAUGAGCAGUCCGAUGAUGAAGAUUUUCAGUUGACUAAACGCUAAACGUUUUUGCAUUUUUUUUUCUUGUAUUCAUUUACAUCAUUCGAAAGUGUUAAAUUAAAACAACACAAAAGCAACA